UAAUGGACAAAUAAAAGCACAAGAGUUAUAAGUGUCAGACUUUGUAGUUUUAAGUCUCAUUUUCAUUUCAUUUCUUGAUCUUAGAUCUCUCUGACACUACUCUAAAGAUCUUCUGUCAAAAAAUCCAAAACCCUUUUCUUAUCAUUGUUUCAUUUACAUAACUAAAAUCUCAGACCAACUCUGCCAUAUUGAGUCCAUAUGUGCUUUUCCAGCUAAGUCUGUUCCUGUAACAUGACACACCUCUGAGUUUUAAAUCCACAUGCACGUUUCAAAUUAAUGCUCAAGGUACAAAGAACCAAAACACGCUUGCGUAUUCUCUGAACUAUUGCAUGAAAGCUACUGGUUUCUCAUCCCAAGGUAUAUAUAGAUUCAGCAUAUAAGAUGAGAUCAUCUGAAGAGUAACCAAGAACAACAAAAACAACAUAUUGGUAAUAGUAUUUCAUUAGCGAAAGGUUCUAUUAUGACUAUAUCGUGUUGGAAACCAAGUGUGGAGCGUGAUGAUGGAUUGCUAUGGUAUAAGGAUUUGGGGAAUCAUCUUUAUGGUGAGUUUUCAAUGGCUGUAAUUCAAGCUAAUAGCUCUUUGGAGGAUCAUAGUCAGCUUGAAUCUGGACCGUUGAGUUCGGAUUAUUUGGGUCCUCAAGGAACCUUUGUUGGUGUUUAUGAUGGUCAUGGUGGACCUGCAGCAUCCAAGUUUGUCAAUGAUAAUCUUUUCUCCAAUUUCAAGAGUUUUGCAGCGGAAGAACAAGGCGUAUCGGAAAAGGUAAUAAAGAGGGCAUUUUCUGCAACAGAAGACGAUUUUCUGGCUCUUGUGAAGAAGCAAUGGCUAACGAAACCACAGAUAGCAUCUUCAGGCACAUGUUGUUUGGCCGGGAUAAUUUGCAAUGGCAUGCUGUAUGUUGCAAAUGCAGGAGAUUCACGAGCUGUGUUAGGAAGAGUGAAGAAGGGAACAAAGGAAACAUUAGCUGUUCAGUUAUCUGCAGAACAUAAUGUCAACAUAGAAACUGAGAGAAAUGAUGUUAGGUUAAAGCAUCCUUAUGAUCCACAGAUUGUGGUUAUGAAACACUCGGUUUGGCGCGUGAAAGGCAUCAUACAGGUUUCAAGAUCCAUAGGUGAUGCAUAUCUAAAGAAAGCCGAAUUUAACACGGAGCCUCUGCCACAAAAGUUUAGACUAGCCGAAACCUUUUUCAAGCCGAUUCUUAGUAGUGAACCAUCGGUAUCGAUUCAUAAAAUCCAACCGGAAGAUCAAUUUCUCAUCUUUGCUUCUGAUGGUUUAUGGGAGCAUCUUAGCAACCAAGCAGCUGUCAAUAUAGUUAGCAACAAUCCACGCAACGGAAUAGCACGGAGACUUGUGAAAGCAGCGCUUAAAGAAGCAGCUAAGAAAAGAGAGAUAAGAUUGUCAGAUCUUCAGAAGAUCGAACAAGGAGUUAGGAGACAUUUUCAUGACGAUAUUACAGUAAUCGUUGUAUAUCUAAAUCGUAAACUGAUCGAUAACAGCUCUCUAUGUAGUUCUCCUCUUUCAAUCAAAGGUGGUAGGCAUGUCAAUUUUUAGUGCAAAGAAUGAAAGAACUCUCUAAGCAUCUUCCAUUCAGUACCUGUUUUUAGAAUUGUUGUAUAAAGAAGAUAGGUAGAUAACUUGACAUGGUGUGGUUGAAUUGAAACUUGAGGAUUAUCAUGGAAACUAUUUCUCUUUAAAACUUCGCCUGAUUGACUCACAACCCCCGUCAUCACACAUUUCGUUUAUAGAUGAAAUUAAGAGAAUUGUAACUAAGCAGACUAUGAAUGCACACGAUUCGGUUUGUAUGGAUCUUGUAAUUUCUGCCAAUAUGGCCUCAACUUCACCUGAUUUUAGAACAAUGAUUCUCUGUAAUUUUUAUGACAGUAACAAGAUUGAACAUUUAUGUAUGUUUCUAUGUUUGAAUUA